UGUUGUUGUAAGCUUGGAAUAACUUGAGGAUAAAGUCAAGUAUGUUUAGGAGAAUCUAAAUAUACAUGAGAUAAGGAUUAGUAUGUCUUAAGAGAGAUAUGUUUGUGUAGACUUUUCCUAUUAUGUUUUGGUUUUGGUGUUGUCCUCUAUAUAAGGAGGUGCUAGUUUGUAGCACAACUUGUGUGUUGAGAGGCUUAAGGUUUUGAGAUAGUUUCCUUGAGAUUAAUAAGAGAGCAAUUCUUAUUAAAAUACUUGUGUUUUGUUCUUGUGUUCUGUUCUUGAAUCCACAUAACAGAGAACUUCAACAAGCAUGUCUAGUCUUCUUGAUCAGAAUGUCGAACAGGCAGAAGAAGAUCCUAUGGAACCAGACGAUACUCGUGAAAAGGGUCAAUCUGAAAUUUCAUCCAAUCAAGACGAAGCUACUAAAGAUAUUCAUGGAGAAGGUUCACUGUCUAAAAAUUUGGAGUCGGUACAUGGCAAAAAAGCUGUAUCCAGAUACAAUUCAGCUCUUGACAUGAUACUGAAGUCCCUCUGUAACAUUAAAGUUCUUAAAGAAGAUUUGGUGCACAAUCGGCAACCAUUUUCUGACAACCAAGUUCCGUCUGCACUACGUAGUUUCUUUUCUGCGUUUGUCUCGGAGCAGAUAAAAGAAGAGGAACUCUAUAGGCACUUACUGUCCAACUUGCUUGCUUCCCUAGAAAAAGAAUUUCAUUCCCUGUCAAGUGAUGGUGCUGAGGUACUCGUCGCCAUCCUCGAGUUUUGUCAUUGGUGGAAAAUUCAAGAAGGAGAAAGCUUGGUAACUCGCCUUUUUACGUUGGAGGUAUAUGAAAGAAUGAGUUGUAAAAAAUGCAGAAGGAAGCCAAAUCAUCCAGAGCAAAGUUCUUAUGGAAUCGUUAUGCCUGCUGAUUCUAUCAGAGACUUAAAGAGUGCUCUUGGGAAUAUAAAGUUUGAAGACAUCCUUAAAAUGAUCCGCAUGGAAGAUAAAAUGAUAUGUGAUGUUAGAACAGGAGGCUGUGGAGAGACAAACUUUGUCCACCACACUAUCAGUAGAUGCCCACCUAUCUUCACAAUUGGGCUGGAAUGGGAGAAGAAUGAAACUGAAAAAGAAAUAUCUGAAACAACAAAGUCUUUGGAGUGGGAGAUAGAUAUCAGCAGGCUAUAUGAAGGCUUAGAACCAAACACCAAGUACCGGCUUGUGUCAAUGAUUGGUUGUGGUGAAGAAGAAAAAUACAUUUGCAUGGCUUAUAAAAAGAACCGGUGGGUCAGUCUCACACAUGAAGCUAAAAUAGAAGAGGUUGUUGGUAACUGGGAGAGUGUUGCCAGAUUAUGUGGGGAAAGGAAGGUUCGUCCAGAGAUUCUGUUUUAUGAAGCUGUUCAAUGGCCUAACAAGUGAAUAGAACAGUAUGGGGGAACUGAAGUUUGCUACUUACACUAACUAUGUUUGCGAAUAUUAUUUAUUUUCUUUAGUUUGAUGGGAUGAUUUCUCCAGGUUCGAACCAUGGUUUUUAUAAACUGACCCCUAUAUAUGAUCUUAUCGUACAACAAAAAAAAGGCAUAAUCGAACGAUUUGGAAGCUC